CAUCCCCAAACUGGUUUCCUCUGAAAAGAUGUGGUAACUUCAUCUACCCGCUGCUUCAGGAUUUAAUUUCUUUACUCCCAGCUUUAUGACCUUGAACACAAAGGCACAUCAUCUUGCUGGGACAGCAGAAGGUGAUACAGAGAAAUAAUAUACAGAGGGAGACCAGCCUUUUUUGUGAUCACCGUCAACCCAUGAAGAGUGAGUGCUCUAAGCCAUCUAAAAGUAUUUACUGCAUUUGCUUCAGAAUACUGUGCAGAAAAUGUAUGCUAGUCGAGAGGAUAUUGGAUACGAUUUUGGGGAUGACUCAAAAGUUGGAAGUAAGCCAAUUAAACCUAAUCCAAACAUCGAUGGAGGAUGGGCUUGGAUGAUUGUAUUUUCCUCUUUCCUUGUGCACAUACUUAUAAUGGGUUCCCAAAUGGCCCUUGGAAUACUCAACAUGGAAUGGCUUGAAGAGUUUAAUCAAAGUCGUGGCUUAACAGCAUGGGUUAGCUCCCUCAGCAUGGGCAUCACACUUAUUGUAGGUCCAUUUAUUGGUUUAUUCAUCAGCAUGUGUGGGUGUCGCACGACAGCCAUUAUUGGAGGAAUACUGAAUGCCCUGGGUUGGAUACUGAGUGCCUAUGUCUCAAAUGUGCAUUACCUCUUCCUCACCUUUGGAGUGACAGCUGGCAUUGGAAGUGGCAUGGUUUAUCUGCCUGCAGUGGUCAUGGUAGGGCAGUAUUUUCAGAAGAGAAGAGCACUUGCACAAGGGCUCAGCACCACGGGAACAGGUUUUGGAGCUUUCCUAAUGACUGCCUUGCUGAAGUACCUCUGCACUGAAUUUGGGUGGAGGGAUGCCAUGUUCAUCCAGGGAGCCAUCUCCCUGAAUCUUUGUGUCUGUGGCGCGCUGAUGAGACCACUCUCUCCCAAAGAUCUCCGUGAAAAAUACGUGGUGAGAAGUGAUAGUGAAGAAAACCAGGCAAAAGCUGCAUCCCAUUCUACGGAGACUAUAAAAUCUAAUGGAAUGACUAUAAAAUCUAAUGGUGAAGAACCAGAGAAAAAAGAAGAGGCAGCAAAUGAAGAAGUGCUUGGCAGUGUGCAGCACAUAGAAAUUGGAGGUAAAUCUGGAAGUGGAAGGAGUAUGUAUGGACUGCGCAUCCUUAAGACAGUGAGCCAGCUGACAGUUACAGUCAGGAAGGGCUUUGCACUCUGGUACUCCAGCUACUUCGGAGCUGCAUCCCUGUUUACCAAUAGAAUAUUUGUGGCCUUUAUCAUUUGGGCUUUGUUUGCCUAUAGCAGCUUUGUCAUUCCUUUUAUUCACCUUCCAGAAAUAGUCAAGCAGUACAACUUGUCUAGSCAGGACAAUGUAUUUCCUUUGACAUCCAUUAUAGCCAUUGUUCAUAUUUUUGGUAAAGUGAUCCUUGGAAUCAUCUCUGAUCUCCCRUGCAUCAGCACAUGGAAUGUCUUCCUCAUGGCUAACUUCACCCUGGUCACCUGCAUUCUCACUUUGCCACUAAUGCAAACAUACGUUGGCCUGGCUGUGAUUUGUGCUCUAAUAGGAUUUUCUAGCGGCUAUUUUUCUCUAAUGCCUGUUGUGACUGAAGAUUUAGUUGGAACUAAACACCUUGCAAAUGCCUAUGGCAUCAUCAUUUGUGCCAAUGGAAUAUCUGCUUUGUUUGGACCACCCUUUGCAGGUUGGAUCUAUGACAUCACACAAAAAUAUGAUUUUUCUUUUUACAUAGCUGGAUUGCUAUACAUGGUGGGAAUAAUAUUUUUACUUAUACAGCCUUGUAUUCAAAAGAUGCAACCAAAAGAAGAAUCUACAGAAGAAGCACAAGUAUAGAACAAGUUCCAGAAGUUUUUUUUACAGAACUUUUUUGUUUUCAUGUUUCUAUUGUGUGACAGUAUGAAUAUGUUUUUCUUACAGAACCAACCACAUUGAGCUGCACUUAAGUGAAAAGCAAAUGUGCUUCUUAAUGCUAAUAAAUUAUUAGAAAUAUGCUUUUAAAAUUAGUAAAGAUAUUUUACAAUAGAACUACCAAAUACAGUGACUAAAAGCACACUGCUAGUCUUUUAAUAUUAGAACAAUGCUAAGAGCCCUUACCCUUGCUUCUCUUUUAACUUUUCACCAUUAAUACYGGUGAAAAUCCAUUGACUGCAAUGCAGUUACUCUGAUUUACACUAGUCCUACGAGAGAAUUUGAUCAGGACAUGAAUGAUUUAUAAAGUCCUUCCUACUAUGUGUUCAAUCUGAUUAAAGAAGAGUUACUGAGUAUAAGAAAAUGAUUGUAUUUCUUGUCUGGCUAUUCAAGUACUGUUGAAAUGCUACUAUAAUAACUCCAUUAAUUUAGUGUAUUAAAAUUAGUAUUUCUGUGAUGCACAUCUGAAGAAAAGUUCUCAUAUAUUUCCGAAGUUAUUCAUAUGGAUUCAAUAGGUCCCUUCCAACUCAGAAUUUUCUGUGAUUCUGCUUCAAUGAUUUUUAAUUUAUUUUUUUAAACUAUCAACUGUAUCUAAAGUAGCCAUCCUCAAUACAUAGGCUGCAUUAUCAAUGCUGUGACAUUUAAUGCAUUUGAAGAAAAAAGACCAUAAAUGCAGAAACAGGAAACAUAUGGAAAAUAUUAUUAUGACUGGAAAAUGUUUCCAGAAACAGUUGGAGGUCUCUGGCCCCUUUAUGUAAUUAGUUAUUGUAGAAUUUAAUAACAUUGCCACUGACUCCUUCCAUGGGAACAAAGUCUACUACAGCACACUAAAUUUUGUUAUAACUUAAUUGUUCACAAACCCUGUUACAUGUGAGCAUUCAUAUUGCUAUUCAUAAUGUACACCACAAACUGACUAAGAUUCAUUAUGUUUGAGAAGUUUAUUCACUAGAAAAUUAGAAACUGCAGAGCAUGGAACAGCUAAAGAGCAUUUAAAACAUUGAAGUAAAUUUUCUUAACAUUGAACACCUGAUAACUGAUGCAGAAGGUAUUGUAUGGUGGUACAGGACAUAAUUUUUUCAGCUUUGAGAGGUGAGUCUGAUGUUAAUUUUCCUAUCAAGUAAGAGCCACUGUAAGUUUUCAUCUUCUUAGCUUUGUUAAAGUUCUUUGCAUGACAAAUCAGGUUCUUAGUUUAAUAUUGCUCUGUGCUGCUGGAAUUCCUUAAAAAGCAAUUGAAACUAUUCAAUUAUAUUGAAGAACUAUUGCAAAACAGUUCAGUAUGCAACAAUAUCAAUAUCCUGAUCUUUGUAGCUGCAAGGUUGGUUAACAAAAAGGUCUGAAUGUGUAUUGCUCUGUAUUGCAACUCACCAGCUUCUAAGUGUUGCACUUCUACAACYGUGCAGGGACAUACAUUAAAAUAGAUCACUGAAAUAAGCCAAUUAAAAGAGAAAACCUUAAGAAACCUUGAACUAAUUUAAGAUUUACAUCAGUGUAAUCGUAUAGGGUAGUUWUGUAUGGCCUUUAAAACUCACAUAAGACAACUGAGGUGGCACUGAAUGGCAGCACACAAUGUGAACACAGUAACUUCUUAAAAUCAGCUUUUUUAUUGGAGAAAAUUUGCACGUAAAUUUUCAUAUCAGUUCUUUGUUACAGGUUAAAUGUCUUCUUGGUGGGAAUGCUGCUGAUAGCUCAUUUGAGCUGAACUGUCUU